AGAUAAACAUAAACCAAUGCCUAAAACUGCCUAAAGCCCAUGAAUCCCAAUCCAACAACUCUCUUUACAUUGUUUUCUUUAACUUGUAUAUGUGGGAAACACAAGAGUUUGGUGUGUUAGCUCAUCUCCUUCCUUCUCCUCUUCAUCCUCCUUUACAUUUCUCUUAUACAUAUUUUUUAAUUUCUUCUCUCACGUUAACAUUCUGUUUCUUUUCCCAAUGGAAUUGCCAAUCAAUUUGCCGGUUUCCGGCUGCCGGAAACCUUCAUACAGACUAGAAACUAAGAACCUGUCAUACAGGUUGUGCAGCAAAUUUGACAAGUUCAACAGGGUUUGUUGUGGUUGGUCUAAAGAGAAGGCUGCUAAGUUCAUUUUGAAUGGUGUUAACUUUGAAGCAAGGCCAGGGGAGCUCACGGCGAUUGCUGGUCCUAGUGGAGCAGGCAAAACAACCUUGCUAGAAAUUCUUGCUGGCAAGAUUUCACUUUCACUGUGUCAAGUUUCAGGCCAAGUGCUUGUCAAUAACGGGCCUGUUGAUAGUAACAAUUUUAGGAGGAUAUCAGGGUAUGUUACACAAGAAGAUGACUUGUUUCCUUCACUUACUGUUGAAGAAACGCUGAUGUACAGUGCACUUUUUAGACUACCAGGGGGAAGAAAAGAGGCUGCCAUGAGAGUGAAGUUGUUGAUCAAGGAGCUUGGAUUGGAUCAUGUUGCUGGUUCAAGGAUUGGUGAGGGAUCAAACUGUGGGAUUUCGGGUGGUGAAAGGCGGAGAGUUUCAAUUGGAGUUGAUCUAGUUCAUGACCCUGCUGUUGUCUUGAUCGAUGAACCAACUUCAGGUUUGGAUUCAGCAUCGGCUCUUCAUGUUGUGACACUGCUAAAAUCAAUGGUGGUUAGGCAAGGUAAGACAAUUAUUUUAACCAUCCACCAACCUGGUUUUCGUAUCCUUGAGCAGUUUGACCGAAUUGUUCUUCUCUCUAAUGGGUUUGUUGUUCAUAAUGGAUCAUUGAAUCUUCUUGAAGAGAGACUUAAGCUUGAUGGCCAUCAUAUUCCUCUUCAUGUCAACGUGCUAGAGUUUUCCAUUGAUGUUGUGGAAAGUUUAAGUACACAAAACUCAGAAUCUCUAAAUAAGCAGUGUUUCAAAGAUAUGAAAAACGAUAGGGAAAAUCACAAAUUGAAGAUUGCCUACUUCAUUAAUCCCACAGAAAAAUAUCUUUCCUACACCAACACAAGAGUUGAGGAGGUGCUAAUCCUAGGACAAAGAUUUUGCAGCAACAUUUUCAGAACCAAGCAACUUUUCGCAACAAGAGUUAUCCAAGCCUUGUUAGCCGGAUUGGUACUUGGAACCAUUUACUUAAAUGUGGGCAAUGAUAAAGGAAAUGUAGCUCUACAGACCCGAAUUGGUUUUUUUGCCUUCAGCCUCACCUUCUUGUUAUCUUCUACAACAGAAGGCCUACCAAUUUUCUUGAAGGAGAGAAGAAUUCUGAUAAGAGAAACUUCAAGAGGUGCUUAUAGAGUUUCUUCUUACGUCUUAGCCAACACUUUCGUUUUCCUUCCCUUCCUUCUGAUGAUUGGCCUCCUGUUCAGCACCCCAGUUUACUGGCUAGUUGGAUUGAGAAAAGAACUUUAUGCAUUUCUUUAUUACUCUAUGGUUGUUUGGCUGGUUCUUUUGAUGUCCAACUCUUUCGUAGCAUGUUUCAGUGCUCUCGUGCCAAACUUCAUCAUGGGAACAUCCGUGAUUGCAGGCCUCAUGGGAUCUUUCUUCCUCUUCUCUGGGUACUUUAUAGCCAAGGAUAAGAUACCAAAUUACUGGAUUUUCAUGCACCACUUGAGCUUAUUUAAGUACCCUUUUGAGUGUUUCAUGAUAAAUGAGUAUGGGGGAGAGCAAGGCAAGAUGAGGUGCUUAGAGUUCCUGGAAGAAGAAUGCAGUUUAUAUGGAAGCGAGUUCUUAAGGCAGCAAGACCUAAACCAGUUACAGAAAUGGAGCAAUUUAGCUGUGAUGACAGGUUUCAUAAUUGGAUACAGAGUGCUCUGUUUUUUAAUUUUGUGGUGUAGAUGCUAUAGAACAAGAAACUAGACACAGAGACCCAGUGUUAUAAUAUGCCGCUCUACUUUUUCUACUUCCUUUUCCCCUUUGUUCUUUCUUCAAAUGAUUCUAUUCAAUUAUCUAUAGAAUAAUCAGACCAGUAGAUAAAUGUAAUUUGGUUAGAAAUUCUUGCC